AAGCAAACGUGUUAUUUAUAAUAUUAUUAAAAUAAAAUGACGACUUUUCAAAAAUAGUCGUCCAACCUUUAAUGGAGGAAUCAGACUGUCAACUUUUUUAGAACUGUAAAGCGUUCUCUGCAACAGCGUAAAGGCCAACGCAAAUACUGUUUGGAAGAAUUCCUGGGCUCCCUGUGAACAAUUUCAAUGGCUGCAGCGCGUGGGGCUCGAUCCUUUCUCAGAACUGUCUUAAGGCGUGACGGAAAGCCGCUAAAUUGCAUUGAUGGUUUGACGGCGCCGGAUUAUUCUGGACUGUUGCCAUUUACCAGACAACUGGGGUCUGUUGCAAAUGGAGAAAAGAUCCGUGCCACUUUGUUUCCAGGAGACGGUAUUGGGCCCGAGAUCGCUGAAUCUGUCAAACAGGUUUUCAAAGCAGCUGAUGUACCAAUUGAUUGGGAUGAACAAUAUGUAGGGACUGAAAUAGAUCCUCGCACUGGUAGUUUCCUGACUUGGGAAAGUUUAGAGUCAGUGCGGAAAAAUGGUAUUGGUUUAAAAGGGCCCAUGGCUACUCCAAUUGGCAAGGGCCAUAGAUCACUGAAUCUUACUUUGCGAAAGGAGCUUGGUUUAUAUGCUAAUGUGAGACCUUGCUACAGUCUUCCUGGUUAUAAAACUAAAUAUGAUGGUGUAAAUCUUGUCACUAUCCGUGAAAAUACAGAGGGAGAGUAUAGUGGUCUUGAGCAUCAGGUUGUGAGAGGUGUUGUUGAAAGCCUGAAGAUCAUCACUCGUCAAGCAAGUUCAAGAGUAGCUGAGUAUGCUUUUCAUUAUGCCAAGACACAUGGUAGACAAAGGGUAUCAGCGAUCCACAAGGCUAACAUAAUGAAGAAAACAGAUGGACUUUUUCUGCAGUGUUGUCGUGAAGUUGCAGAGAAGUACCCUGAAAUUCAAUAUGAGGAGAUCAUUAUUGAUAAUUGUUGUAUGAUGCUUGUAAAAAAUCCUACACUCUUUGAUGUCUUGGUGAUGCCUAACUUGUAUGGUGACAUUAUUAGUGAUCUCUGUGCUGGUCUUAUCGGAGGCUUGGGGUUGACACCAAGUUGCAACAUAGGAGAGAGUGGGCUUGCGCUAGCUGAAGCUGUACAUGGUUCAGCACCUGAUAUAGCUGGCAAGAACCUUGCCAAUCCAACAGCUUUACUUCUUAGUGCUGUAACCAUGCUUCGCCACUUGGGACUGCAAGAAAAGGCAGAUCAAAUUCAUAAUGCAAUUCUGAAGACGAUUGAAGAAGGAAAAUAUCGUACUGGCGACCUUGGGGGCAAAUCCUCCACCACAGAGUACACAAAUGCUGUAUGUGAUCACCUUUGAGAACUCAGCAUUUAACAGAUAUCAUAUUGAAAUUCAUCAAUGGAUUUCAUUUAGAUCUUCAAUUUUGCUUGUAAUAUUGCCAUAAAAUAAUGGCAUGCUUUAUAUUUGUGGAUUUUUCACCUAAAAAAUAUGACACAAUGAAUUGAUUACUUUGGAUUCACAUGUGGCAAUGGCAAUGGCAAUGUACAUGUGCAUGUACAACAUGCACAGUUUUGAAAUAUGCUAUAGGAUUUCAGAUUUAUAGCCCUUUCAUGCAGUAGCUGUUUUCCACAAUAAAGUCUUCUAUUCUGUUGUUA